AUGGUUGCCCUUCGACUACUAUGUGUGAUAGGCAUCGCUCUGCGCUUCCGAGAGCACCUGCGGGAACCUGGAGCAGUAAGUAACCACAUGGGCACCUCUAUGUCUGCCCUGAACAGCAUUCGCAUGGCAGGACGUGAGGUCGCUUUGCAGAUCGUCGCCUUUGACCAAAGGAUGGCUCUGCUACAUCAAAUCCGCUGCGUACAACCCCCUAAUCACAACCUGGUGGCAGCUGCUCUUCUGCCUGUGUUAGAAACUGUUCUCUUCUCCCGAUGCCUUCAGGACACGACUCACUGGACAAGCCUGUGGUAUGUCUGGCUGCUGCUGCUGACCGUGCUGGCCCUGCUGCUCGGCCUCGUCGCCACGAGCUGCGUCAGGCUCUGCUGCCGCAGGACGAGGCCUCCAGCCCCGAGCUGCCCGCGGCUCCCCGGUGACCCGACCGUUGUCCUCGCUGGUGGCGACAGCCCUGCCCGGCGCGCGGGGACGCCAUUCAGCUCUUUGCAGUGCCUUCCAUGUGCCCCUAGUCCUCUGUCAUAUGUGGAUACAGACAGGAAAACCCUGUCCCCUCCGGCUUACGAUCUGUUUGCAAUGGAGCCACCACCUUCUUACGAAGAAGCUAUCAAAAUAGGUACACAAUAUAUUGAGGCAACAGCAGCAAACCAGAAACACAGGGACAUCCCUGGAGAGGGGACAUCAGGAUAG